UUCCCCGAUGGUGCAUAUUAUUUCAAGGUUAUACGCACGUUUUUUUAGCAGUGAAUGCAAAAAAUUAGUGUAUGUCUUGUGGGAGUUGUUUAUUUUUGCGUGUUUUUCAAUAGCGGCAGUUCGUUGUAAAGGGAAUUUCACUAUUUCGGAACAAAUAAAAUUCGGAACUUAGAGGUUAAAAUAACAUUGAUCUUAUGGAGGUUCAGUGUGACCAAAAUUUUAUUUCGUUGCAUGGGGUUUUUCGUUUAAUAGAAUAUUCGUUAAUGGAGGUUUUACUGUAACAUAUUACAGCGAUGUCCGUACAUUUAGCGUUUUCUACAAUCCAUGACAGAUGGAUAUUUACAGAAGGGGAGAGAGGGGCACAUGUGGACAUGGGGUAGUUGUGGACAGUUCAGAUUUCCCGCCUUUAUUUUUAUUAAAUGUUACUGUGGCUUCUAUUCACACUAUGUUUACAUGAAAUUUCAACCUGUUGAGAUCUGUUGUUUGUUUUCUAUUGCUGAAUAAUCAGAUUUACUCAUGAAAGUGAAUAAAAAUGGUACGAACAUAUAAACGAAAAACCAGCCGUGCAGAAAUUCCUGAAGAUAACAUAUCAAAAGAAAUUGAAGAAAUAUUAGGUGGUGCUUCUAUCCGAUCAGCAGCUGCAAAGUAUGAUCUAACAAAAUCAAUGCUACACAAAAGAAUGUCAAAAAUGAAAGCAAGUAGUGAAAACAGUGAAAUUUGUGUAAGUGUACCAGGAACUACUUCACAUAAAAAUAAAGAAAAAAUACAACCCCAUGAUUCAAAAUACACGAGCAAGCAAAUAUUUACAAAAGAAGAGGAAGCUAUGUUAGAAGAGUACCUUAUUCAGUCGUCUAAAAUGCAGUUUGGGCUCACAUAUCUUCUAAUCCGAGAAUUUGCAUAUUCUUAUGCUGUUAAGCUAUGUCGUCCUCUGCCGAGCAACUGGACAACACAGAAAAUGGCCGGGACUGACUGGAUGAAGUCAUUUAUGAAACGUCAUCCUGCUUUAUCUCUUCGUAAACCAGAGUCGACCAGUAUUGGCAGAAAUAUCAGUUUUAAUCAAUAUAAUAUUAGUUCAUUUUUUGACAAUUUAGAUAAGGUGUUAUCCAAACACAAAUUUAGUAGCAGCAGGAUCAUCAAUGUUGAUGAAAGUGGAAUCAGCACUGUCUUACCAGCUCCUAAAGUGGUUGCUCCAACUGGCUGCAAGCAAGUGGGCCAAACAGUGUCUGGUGAGAGGGGUGAGCAAGUUACUUUUGUGGGAAUAGUUUCAGCGGCAGGCAAAGCUUUCCCUCCAGUGUACAUAUUUCCUAGAGUUCGUUUCAAGGAAGCAUUCCUCACAGGAUCUCCUCCAGGUAGCAUCGGCUUGGCAAUCCAAAAUGGAUGGAUGACAAGAGACGGUUUUCUGCAGGUUAUGAAACACAUUCAAGAGGUCACUGCAGCUUCCAAAGAAAAUCCAAUUCUGGUUCUUCUUGACAAUCAUGACUCUCACACAAGUCUUGAUUUAGUUGUAUUCUGUAGAGAGAAUGGAAUAGUUCUAUUAACAUUCCCUCCACAUUGCACCCACCGAAUCCAGCCCCUUGAUAUAGCAGUUUUUGGUCCUUUUAAGUCUAGGUGCAAGACUGCAUUCAAUUCCUGGAUGGCUUCUAAUCCCGGAAAGCCGAUUACAAUUUACAACAUUGGUUAUUUGAGUGAAAAACCCUUCAUUGAAUCAUUCUCACAAAAUAACAUUUGUGCUGGUUUUGAGAAGUCAGGAAUUUUUCCUCUGAAUAGGGAUGUUUUUACUGACGAAGAUUUCAUGCCUUCUAAUGUUACCGAGAUACACAUGGUUAGUAUUUCUACUGAUGGUAAUUUAGAAAAAUCAACCAUUCCUGGGCCUUCAAGUAGGCUUGAUCUUGCUUCAAUUCAGUCGGACAUUUAGUCGUCCACGUCAAGUAUGAGAUUUUCUCCAGAUCCUACUUCAAUUGAGUCAAGCACAGCGACUUGUUCUUCUCAUCCAGACAAUAAUCCUGGCUUCGUGAAAGCUAUUCAUCCAUCCACUUCAAAUCAGUGCUAUAAUGUUUCUGAUUCUGUUUCAACAGCAUCAAACGAGAACUGUAGGUCUACUUUAUCUCAACUGAACAGCGGAACUAGAAGGUCUGUACAAACAUUGUCACCAGAAAUGGUAAGACCAUUCCCAAAGGCAGACAGACAAAAACCAAAAAAUUGUAAGAGAAAAAGAAAAUCUACAGUAUUGACUGAUACGCCGGAAAAAAUUAGACUUGAAGAAGAAUUCCUACGCCUACAGGAAAAAGACAAGGGCAAGUCAAGAACUACUAAGAAAAGAUGCAGUAAAAAUAAUCAAACCAUCAAAACUAAUUUUCCUAGCAGUUUAGGCCUACUUAGAUCAAAACUUAAAUCAAAUGAAAAUGACUCUACUGACUCUGAUACCACAACAUUUGACAGCACCAGCGAAAAUGAAAUUGACAAUGACGUUAUGGAUUCAGCUGGAUGUUCGGGUGAAAUUAAAGUGAAUGACUAUGUUAUAGUAAAAUUUCAGUCUAAAAAAAUGGUUAAACAUUAUGUUGGUCAAGUUGACGAGAAAAUAGAUGAGAAUAGUUUUGAAAUUAACUUUUUAAAAUGGAAAAGUGAUGGAAAAUUUGUUUUCCCAAAUGAAGUUGACAAAAGUGAAGUGCUUAUAAAGGACGUUGUCAUGAAAUUGCCAAAACCAAGAAUGGGUUUAAUUGGUGGCACAAUGCGAGCAAGUGGCUUUCUAACUUUUUCAAUUGACACUGAGAGCUACAACUUGGGUUAAGAAUAGCAAUGAAAAACCAUUUUGAAUUGUAGAUUACUAUUUCCUUAUCAUAUUAUUUUGAUGUGCAUGAUUAUUAUUUUGUUUAUUAGUGCAGUUGUAGUUAAGACUGUAGGCAUAAAUGGAAUUAACUUGAACUCAAUAUGCAAAUAUAAUAUUAUUAUACAAUUUUAAUUUAUAUUUUUGCUAAAUUAAAAAUCUAAUAAUACUUAGUUAAUAAAUUCCAUGCCAAAGUGUAAUUUUAUUGCAAGUGGUCAGUCACUCAAAUCAGCGUCCACAACUGCCCCACAUUUGUCCACAAGUGCCCCAGCAUGGGGUACAUGUGGACAAAACACUCAGUUUGACAAAAUAAUUUCUCAGUGACAAAGUAUGUAAUUAUAAGUGUAAUCUGAGUAGGUGAGGCCAAGUUAACACACUUAUAGUACUGUCCACUGCAACUAAUGCAUUAUUUAAUGAAUAGUAGAAAAAAUUCGCUUAUUGCAAUAUUAUUGAGUCAAAUCUGUCCACAUGUACCCCCCUCUCCCCUAUUGGUUUUGGAUGUUUUUUGAUUAUAAUUAUGUUUUAAAUUAACUAAUUAAUAAGGUCCAGGAUAGUUUUAACAUUUUUCAAACCUCUAUAAAGCCAGCUGGCACAUGAAUAUAGGCCCUAAAUCUUUUGUCAUUCUGUAAUGCCUACUAAUAAUCCAGUGACUUUUCUAUGUAACUCUUUUCCAUUAGUAUUCUUUACCUUGGUUACUUGAUAUCUUCCUUUUGGGUUACAGAAUAACUUGACAUAAGGGAAGGUGGGGCAAGCUAGCUUUAACUCCUUACAAAAUGGGUAAAAAUGAACAAAUCAAAACCUAUUUAAUUACAUUUUUUUGGUUCAACAAUUAAACUAUAAUAAUACAGAAAUAAACUUGAAAUUUUGGUACAUUUAUUCAUAUAUAUAAUAAUUUAAAAAUGUACUGUUUGUCCAUCUUGCCCCAUAUGCAGGCACUUUAAAGCCACGUAUGUUUUUAUCACUGUCUUAUUGAAUCUUAUUUAUGACUUCUGCAUAGCACACACAUGUGAACUGCCUUGUCUUCACUUUAUAUCCCUGCACAGGAAUUGUGGGCACAAUGCACCAUAUCCAACAUUCUUCGGAGAAAUCGUAGCAAUAUAACACAUUGUUCAUCAUGUCCUCUUUUGUAACACUGGACCUUAUUUUAUGGUGUUUUGAGUAUAAGGGCUUGUUUAAGAAAUCAGAAAACACUACAUUUUUCUUGGCAGUAAGUUUAUUUUUUUUUACUGUUUUCUUUUAAUUUCUUCAACCAAGUCACUCUUAUAAGGUGAUUCAGUUAAAAAAAACAGUUUUUCCAUGUCUGUUGCAUGGCUUUCUUUUUAUUUUUUUUAUCCACUUUUGGAAUAGCUAGAAUGAAUUCAGGGUUGAUAACUUGAAAGUUAGAACACGUGGCCACUUGUUCAUCUGGAGAUUUUUCUGGUGUUUUACACCUUUACAUAAUUGCUUGUUUUCCAUUGAAUAAUUCUAAUGAAACAUUUGUUUUUAGAUCUUAUAGAAUCUAUACUGCUGUGCUAAUGGUAGCUGAACAGAUGAAAGCUUUACCGAAUAAACUGGAGAUCUGAUACAGAGUAACCACUUUGCCAGGAUUGGUGUGAAGCCAUGUUCUUACCUCAUCGUCGUAAAACUUACUCAGAGGUUUCAUAAAUACAACAUCCAAAGAUUGAAGACGGUGUGAGCUAUCUGGUGGCAAACAAAGUAAGACGACCCCUUUUUCAUGUGCCAAAUCAAUUCUAAGUUCUUGGUGUGUGUUUUGUGGCCAUCUAUUACAAGAAGUAUUGGUCUUUCCUUUAACGCUCCAGUAAAUUCAAUAAUAAUUUUCGAACCAAGUCAAAAAUAGUUCUUUUGUCAUCCAACCAGUUUCUUGGACUUUUGGCCGGGCACCAGGAGGAAGUUUAGUCUCAAACUCUAGUUGCAUUCUUUUUCAGGGAUAGUUCAACAUCGGUGGGACAUAGCGCCCUAGAGCGUAAAAGGGUUGUUCUCAGAAAAAGGGACAAUUGAUGAAACCAACUACUUUAGUCUUAUUAUAUUGUCUGAGUAAAUUUACAGCUUUUAUAUAACUUAACUUCAAUGUAAUCUUUUAAAUAUGUGCCAUUUCACAAAAUAUGAAAAUGAUCAGUAUUAGAAUUAAUGAAACCCUUAAAGUUCUUGAAAUAUCAACUCCGUGGACUGCAGCUCACUACAUCUAUAUGUAGUUUAAGUACUGGAAUUGACAGUUUUUUUAGUAACAAUUAAAAUACUGUAUGAAAAUGCAAUAAAUAUAAAUGAGUAGUUCUGUACUACAUAUAUAAAAUAACAAAAAAAAAAAAAAUUGUGGUACUCUUUUUAAUGUAUCUAGUUCUGUUCCCAAAGUAGCCGUCAACUCCAUAGAAAACAAGAAAUUGUAAAAAAAAAAUCACAAGAUGGCAUUGGCAACAAUGUUUUAAUUGCAACAGUUCCAUAGAUUAAGCCAUUAUGUAUCAUGUGGAAAAGUGAUUCUCUGGUGGUUAGUGAGUGAUUUAGUAGGAUUAAGUUAUUUGAAAUGAGAUAUUAGGUGAGUAGGUUUAUUACCUAUCAACUCCAUGCUUUCUGAAUAGUAGGUAAUAAAUUGCUGAAAGCAUCCAGAUUAAUGUGAAUUAAAAGCAAAGAAAGAAUACUUGUAAAAUAUAAAACGCCUUCCUAACCUAAAAAUCUUAAUUAUGGCAAAAUUACUAACACCAUUUCAUCAACUCCAUGGAAUGUCCUGGCCAUGGAGUUGAUGAACUGCACGGUGUUGAUGUAUACAAUACAUUCCCUACUGUUUGUUUGGAACAUAUUAAAUAUUUUAGGCUUUGCAGAACCUAAUAUUACGUACCAUUGUAUCUAUUUUUAGCAUAAGCAAUCUAGUUGAAUAUGUUCUCUAGAAUGUGUAAAUUGUAAGAAAAUUAGCAAAGCAUUGUAUUGCUACUUCCAUUGUACACUAACAUUUUAUUUUCCUAUGAAAACAUAUUUAAAGUAUGUUUCUACUCACAAAUAGUAAUUUUAUAACUAACUUAAAUUUAUUUUCUGUAUAUCACUUGGCAUCUUCUACUGAAUAGAGUUGGACAACGAUGUUCAAGAGUGUAAGUAAUGAUAUUGAAACAUGUAGGUACCUACCGGUACUCAACCUGACUUCACUUGAGAAGUUAGCCACAGCAUACAAUAAAUUUAACUUCAUGUAGCUUAAAUAUUUCUGAUUUUACAAUUUGACGAUGUCAGAUCAUUUCUUGAGCCAAAUGAGCUAGUAGUUAGUAAAAGGUUACAUUUUGUUUCAGGUUUGUUAAAAAUAUAAGAACCUAGAAAAACAUGACAAAAACCAAUAAAAAAAACACAGAAAUCAAUUGAGGAUAGGCGUAAUAAAAAGAGAGAAACAGAUAGAAAACGAAGAGAACAUCAAGAACAAUCCAGACUUAUAUGAAGAAGUAAAAUGAAAAGAGAUGGAACAAUAUCACAAAUGUAAACAAGAUGUCGUGUCCUGCAUUUGGCCUCUGCCACCUUGUGCGAGUGUUACAUGCUCAUCCCUGAAACAAACAUGGCUGCCCCGACACCGCAGGAUAUUUUUUACCUAAAUCUCUAUGACUACGCUCGUAUCCUGUAAGAUGGUGAUGCACCCGGCACCGAUAGAUGGCGCCUGCUGUAGAAUGCAAAUAAGUGGGAUUCAUUGUGUCAUUACUCAGGGAAGGAGCAGGCUUCCGCUCGUGUUGGGAGCAUCCCGAGAGUCAUAAAUUAACAUAUGAUUAGGACAGUCAGUGACAUCUUAUGGAACAUGCUACAAAGGCUAAAUCUGUAAAUAUUGACUGUAAUGAUAUUGUACCCGAUUUGUAUAUAAGCUUGGCUUGUACUGUACCAGACAGAAAUCCUUACCCCAGAGAAAUCUGGGGAAAUACAGCAGAAAUCUAGAAUUGGGUGUAUUAUUUUCUGCUCUCCUCUUCUCUCAUUCCUUCUCUCUCCUUCCUCCGGAGCGGCCUUCGGGAUUAUGCUCUGAAAUCCUUCGCUGGAGCGGCCUUCGGGAUUUCGCUCUAGCAUCCCUCUACUCCCCUCUCAUCCUUCUCUCUCUCUUCUUCCUCCGGAGCGGCCUUCGGGAUUACGCUCUGGAAUCCUUCGCUGGAGCGGCCUUCGGGAUUACGCUCUGGAAUCCUUCGCUGGAGCGGCCUUCGGGAUUUCGUUCUAGCAUCCCUCUUCCCCUGGAGCGGCCUUUCGAGGAUAUCGCUCUAGGACCUUUCCCUCCCUCCUCUUCCUUGAUCCCUGCACAGCAAGAGGACCAGCCCCUCUCUGCACGGCAGAUUGCCGACUACAGGAGCUGUUCAAGUGACGACUGAGGAAGUCACACCCCACCUCAAGCCACCCCAGCACUGGACGCUGUUGCCGGGACACGUCAAAGAAGAGAAAAUUGUAACGAUUUGUGAGCUGUCCAAUAGAGAUAAAAGGAAAAAAAAAAAAUGUGGAAACUGUCUGCAAAGAAGUACAGAGAAAACCAGAAAAAAGAACAAAAUGUUGGUGACUGUUUAAGUGAAAACAGUCCUCCUAAUAGUCCAUCUGUGUUAUAAAAUAGUGAUCACUGUGUACGUUGCCCCAGUACAUCAUCUGCCACAAAAACAUUAUCAGGAAGGAGAAAAGUAAGUAAGGAAAGACAGAGCAAAAGCUUACAGAAAAA